AUGCCGUCCCUCAACACCAUCGCGUACUACCUCUUCCACGUGGGCGAGCUGCGGUCAAUCGUGCAGUGGUCCGUCUGGCACAACCCGGUCCAUGAGCGCGACGAGUCGAAGGAGAGCGAGAACCUGAAACGAUGCUUCCACUUCCUCAAACUGACAUCGCGGUCUUUUGCGUCGGUCAUCCAGGAGUUACACCCCGAGCUGCUGGUUCCUAUGACCGUCUUCUACCUGGUCUUGCGCGGACUAGACACCAUUGAGGAUGACAUGACCAUCGACAUUGGCCCAAAAGAGCCUUUGCUGAGAGACUUCCACAAGCAUCUGGAGGACGAGGAGUGGACGUUCGACGGCAGUGGACCGAACGAGAAGGAUAGAUCACUGCUCGUCGAGUUCAAUUGCGUGGCGAAGGAGUUCAACAAGAUGAAGAAGGAGUACCAGGUCAUCAUCAAGGACAUCGCCAAGAAGAUGGGCAACGGCAUGGCAGACUACUGCAAGGACGCCGCGUUCAACAAAGAGGGUGUGCAGACGGUGCAGGACUACGAGCAAUACUGCCACUAUGUCGCCGGCCUCGUCGGCGAGGGAUGCACCCGCAUGUUCGUCGAAGGCAAGCUCGCUAACCCCGUCCUGCUUCAACGGCCAGAGCUCAUCGAGAGCAUGGGUCAAUUCCUCCAACAAACCAACAUCAUCCGCGACAUCCACGAAGACAACGUCGACAAGCGCUACUUCUGGCCCAAAGAAGUCUGGUCCAAAUACGUGAAAUCCCUCCCCGACCUCUUCUUACCCGAAAACCGCGAGCUCGCGCUGCAAUGCCAGAGCGAAAUGGUGCUCAUCGCCCUCCGCCGCGCGGACGAAUGCCUCUUCUACAUGGCCGGCGUACGCGAGCAGAGCGUCUUCAACUUCGUCGCCAUCCCGCAGAGCAUGGCCAUCGCCACCCUCGAGCUCUGCUUCAACAACUACACCAUGUUCGAGCGCAACAUCAAGAUCACCAAGGGCCAGGCGUGCCACCUCAUGACGCAGUCCACGCAGAACUUGCAACUGGUUUGCGAUAUCUUCCGCGAGUACGCGCGGAAGAUCCACCGCAAGAACCGGCCGCAGGAUCCGCAUUUCUUGGAUAUCAGUAUUGCGUGUGCGAAUAUUGAGAAGUUUAUUGAGAGCAUCUUCCCGACGCAGACGGCGCGGACGUUGCCGAAGUCUGGAGAGCAGCGCCCUACCGCCGUGGACCCGGAGACGGAGGAGAGGAGGAAGCGGGAGGAGGCGGAGUCGAGGCAGGACAUGAUCUAUAUCAUGCUGGCGGUGGUGACGACGCUGGUUAUCAUCUCAGGGUCGAUGAUCGGCGUAGCCUGGUUCUUCGGCGCGCGCUUCGACCUCGCCUUCUCCGCGAUGAAGGACGGCGUCAAGGAGAUCAGCGGUAAGAUGGGCGCGGCGGCGCCUGCUGCUAGCCCUUCAGAAGCUGUGCACGUGGAGCUCUAG